AUGAGAAAACAAAGGACGGCAAUGCAAAACCAAAUGAGUGAAAUGAUGACAUAUCUAACAACAGUUACUAAUAUGCAAGUCGAAAACUUCAUGAAAAUCAACGAGAAUGUCUCGACUAUAAAACAACAAAUAAACGAUUUUAAAUUAACUACUGACACCUUAGCUAAAGAACAAACAAAACUAAAACUUGAAGUGGACAAUCUCAAAAAAAUUAGUAAUAUUACAGAAAAGAAAAUAGAAUCAAUUCAAUCUAAUAUUCUAAUUCAAGGUACUACUCCAUCAAGCUCGACCUCUAUAUUGAAUGUGCAAGAAGAGAUAGUAGCUGAACUCAACGAACGUACUAUGAGGAGCAAAAAUAUAAUAAUCGCUGGUGUGCCGGAAUCAAAAUCUACCAACCUAAAUGAGAGAUACGAGGAAGAUAAGACAGCAGUCCUAAAUAUCAUCAAAACUACACUGCUUGGUGACGUCACUGAGCCACAAAAAAUUUAUCGGCUGGGAAAAUACCAACCAGAAAUGGGGCAAACUAGUGUAGUACGUGGUUGCGGCAGUAGUUGGUGUCCAGGAAGUGAUAUAAGAUUUCACACACAACAAGUGCAUGACAUGAAGAGUCUAUUGUGCAAAUAG